GGACGCAAGAGCCGCGCUCUGAAUGCGACACGCCUCCACGAUUGCAGAGGCGAGACGCGUGGCGCGGCGAGGGCCGACGCCCAGCGACUUCGCAGCCAGCCCUGGCUCAACAGUUGCUACUUUACAGCUGGGCGGCCUCCCUUUCGCCCCCCUCCGUUCCCGGGUACCCGACGAGAAGUUGUCCUUCGGAGAUCUUGGGCCGCCGUCUUGCCUCCAACUCUCGGGUCGGACACCCUGUCCCAAUGGCGUGGCCUCGCGGCGCCGUAUGGCUGGCCAUGCCGUGCGCCUGCCGCGCGCUGUGGGGCGCUCUGGACGCGCACGCGGGCUCCGGGGAGCAGCUGCCCUUCCUGAAGGCGGGGCACAACGCCACCAGGAUGGUGCGUGGCGUGAAGUGGUGGGCUCACGUGGGGGACCACGUGUACGUCGCGCCGUCGGAGAGCAACUUCUUGAGCCAGCACGUCGGCGACUACUACGUCGCGAUGGGCUCCGAGAGCGCUCUGACCGAUGCCAUGCGCCAGCGCCGCGUGGGUGGGCACGGCCGCUGGCACGUGUUCCACAUCCCGGAGGGGCCGGGAGCGCUGCAGUUCAACCGGCGCGGGGACCGCCGAUCCGCCUUCAGCGCGUUGGUGCAGCUGCGUGCGGGCGACGUACUGCCGGCCACUUUCCCGAAGUAUAGCCCGCCCGACUGCGAAGACUCGGCGGGCGAGCGCUACGAUCAGCUUGAGAAGUCAGCUGUGGGGUCGAUCACAGCCAGCAGCUUCCUCGAUGAACUCCAGAGGAUCCUGGAAAUCAAGGAUGACACGGGUACCAUUACUCGCAGUUUCGAGAACGAGGGCGCCUCGCACGCCGCGCAGGCGUUCGUGAAGAAAGAGUUCGAGUCCAUGGGGCUGAAGACCUGCCUCCACGGGCCUCCAGCGCGAGGGGACGUCAAAGUCGCCCAGCUGGCCAACGUGGUGGCAGUCAUCCCGGGGACUGGCGAGGGGUCGCUCACGGUGGGCGCCCACUACGACUCCAGGCCCUUUCGGGGCCUCGCUCCUGGUGCAGAGGACAACGGGAGUGGCUUGGCGGCGAUGUUGUCCAUAGCCAGGGCCUUCGCGAAGCACGGGGCCAAGCCCAGGAGGACGCUGUACUUCGUCGGCUUCUCGAGCGAGGAGCCCGGCUCCCUGGGCUCGGACUUUUUCGCUGGACAGCUGAAGGAGGGCAAGCCGCUGCCCGAGGAGUGCGGGGUGCCCGCCAGCACACGUGCGGGCGGCAGUUUCUUGCAGGGCAGCAGCUUCAUGCAGGACUUCAAGACGAAGGGGGAGUUCAGCCACGACGCCAUCGUGCUGGACGAGGUGGGCUGGCUCACCCCAAAGUACAAAAAGGCGACGGUGAACCUGGAGUCGUACGAUUGGGCCGCCAGCGUCAUGGACCAGAUGGCGUGCGCCAGCCGCAGGCACAACGGCGACACCAUGGAAGUAGUCCACAGUAGCAAUCCUUUCGGCUCCGAUCAUAUGAGCUUCCUGGAGCGUGGUAUGAAGUCCGUCCUGGUCAUCAACGGUGACGACGAGGCGUACCCGAACUACCACAUGAGUUCGGACACCAUCGACAACGUGAACCCCGAGUAUGCCGCCAGGAUUACCAAGAUGGUCAUGGGAGCAGUGAUGCGCAUGGCCAGGCAGUAGUCUAAAAUCCUCGAUCGUUCGAGGUUGAACGUUCCUCGCGGUGCCAGAGUUCAAGUCGGACGUCGUCACAACGCGAACUCGCCGCGAGUGUUUCACCACAGUCGGCCUUGUAUCGUAGAGAUUUCUGAUCCGCGUUCUGUGAUUUGGUCCAUCGGGUUCGCCGACAUUGAAACAAAAGCCCGGCCAAUAAGCC